GAUGUCGCUGAGCACAUACCUAUAAGCGCAUUAUAAGCUUUGAAUAUAGAAUUGCAGUGCUAGUGUGAAACUAUACCGCUUUGGUUUUGAUAUGAACUCUGGGAGUCAUCUAUUAUUGUUGCAGUGCUUUCCAAAACAGAAAAGGGGGCGGACAUGUCCGAAGUUUUUCCAAUCACCGUGAAAUAGCAACCAAGUGAGCAUCGAAUUGCACUAAUCAUAUUUUAAUGGCAUCGAGGGAGUGAACUUGCAGCGAAUAAAGUGAAAUUAAUUAGCGUAAAUUCUUCAUUGUUCUUCCUUUUUAAAAAAAUUAAUUUAAAUUUGAGUUUGUUGAUUAAUAAUGAAAAAUCUCGCAGUCGGUUCGGAAGAUAGCGUCGCGAUUAAAAGUAAACGAACCCUCUUUGAAACCGUGAAGCUCCUGUUGAACACUGUAAACCAUGCAUUUAUUGGCUUUGUCUUCAUCUAUACCAUGUGGAUUUGCUCAAGAAAUGGAUUUCAGUUGAUCUUUACAUGGCACGUAAUUUUAUGCGUGUUUGGAUUUCAUGUGAUGAUGGCGGAAUCGAUCAUGGUGUUCUAUUCGGGUACCUCGUGGGCACAAGCCCUGACACAACCGCAGCGACGAACGACCCACUGGGUCAUGCAAGCCAUCGGAAGCAGCUGCAUCAUUGUCGGCAUAGGACUAGAGAUCUAUUGGCGCCAAAUCAAUAACAAGAUCCACUUCCACGGGGCUCACUCGAUCCUGGGCCUCGUGUCGUUGAUCCUGCUGGUGCUGAGUAUGGGCAACGGACUUGGUUCAUUGUAUGCAAUGGAGUUGAGGAAAAGGAUCAAACCGAUCUACAUGAAGCUGAGUCAUCAUUUCAUCGGAAUGGCGUGUUUCGUUCUUGGGAUGGCAGCUAUUGUGUUGGGCUACGACAAACGAAUCUAUAGAGCAAAUUCAACUCCUGAGCUGCAGGUUACGUUGCAAGUGUUCACAGUUUUGGUGAUAUUCCUCAGUGUUCCGGGAGUGCUGCGAACGAUGAUCACACAGGCGAAGACUUUGCUGCGGUGAUAUGAACAAAAUAAAUAUAAGCUUGAUGAAUAGUGCAUGUAUUUUG